GAAUUAUUUCUAUUCUGACUCAUUAACGUGACCUCGCAAUGUGAAAAAUAAGUACGUUAUUUUGAGGCACCUCGGGGAUAUGUGUUUAUUCACCUCGGCGCUGCGCGCCUCGGUGAGUAAAUCAUAUAUCCCCUCGUUGCUUCAAAAUAACCUAUACUUAUUUCUAUUACAGAUACCAUUGUUAGAAGUCCCUGGAGAUAUUGAAGCGGCAGUAAAACCUGACGAAUGGAUAAGCAGAACCAUCAAUGAUUCAAAGGUAUUUGUCAUCAGCGUACGAGUAGAGACCGACUAUCCAUCGAGACGCACAAUCACAAUCAUCAUCCAUCAAAACUAGGCCAGCGAGAACAAUGCAAUGGCUCUGAAAACGAAUCACACCUUAAAUAUUUGGCUCAUAGUUUCUCAUUGCCGUACCUAUACUACGCACGCUAUCUUGACGAAUGAUUCGUCUGUUUAUUGAUAAUAUACACCAGGGUGCAGCGUUUUGCAAACGGUUCGCUCUUGUUCGCCUAGAUAGAUAAUCGGUCAUAACGGGGGAAAAGCGGUAACUGUAAAUUUUGGAAAACCAAUCGGAUGGAUUCAGUCAAAACAAAGUGUAUAAAAAUGCGAAUCACAUUGCAGAAUAUGUUGAUACAAAUAUACAGAAAGCUAUUACAAAAACACAAAACAAAUCAUGAUAGUGAAACAAGUAUGGAGUAAUGUAAGAAUUUAAGGUAUUGUCAAUGUCUGCUUUUGAAAGGCAAAGGAAAGACACAGGGAAAACGUUCAUUAAUGCCAGUGUCAAUUAUGGAAAUGGGGCACAUUUCGUGUCUUUUGCAGCUAUCAUUGCUUUCAAAAACGGGACAGAGGGCUCGAAUUUUCAUAAAAGUUUUAUUAAAAUGUCUGGUAACAGGCUCGUUAGCAUCGUUGCCAAUGACUGCACACCGAUGCUCACCAAACAUUGUCGUCAGUGGCGUAGCGCUCAUUGGUUAGGGUUAGUCAGUUCAAAAACUAAGGGCCCCAACAGUUAGGGGCCCCCAUCAGCCACAGUCUAUCGCCCAGAAAAUGCAGGUGAAGAAUCAAUGGGAAAAUGCGAAAUUAAUAGUGCUACAUAAUAAAGCCUCCAUCGACGACGGUAGCUGAUUUUUUAUGCCAUCAAAUUAAACAAAAGUUAUUCAUAAAAGUUGUUACAUAUGUUGGAGACUGUUAUUGUUAUUGUUAUUGUUAUUGUCAUAGACACGGAAUUUUCCAGAACAUUCUAUAAAUAUUCAAUAUAAAUAUAAUAUCUCAGUCAAACAAUGACAACAGGGGCCCCCACACAGAAUAUGCCUAAGGGCCCCCUCUUCCUCCGUUACGCCACUGAUUGUCUUAACUAGUACUGUCCACCCCUAGGGCAAUAUGGCAUUAAUGAACGUUUCUCCUAUGUGUGGUAUCUAUAUUUGUCUUUGCCUGUCAAAAGCGGACAUUGGCAGUACUUGAAAUUCUCACCUUAUUUCAUAUAUAUUUUUUUGUAUUUGUUGUAGUUUUCUGUGUGUUUGUAUUAAUAUAUUCUGUAAUGUGAUUCACAUUUUUUGUUUGCACUUUGUUUUGACUUUACGUCACUGCGUCUUGGCGCACGAUAUAUAUGCUCGUUAAAAAUCUGUUCGAAAAGUUGCAUCACGCAGUUUGACGUAACACUGUUACAACUUGUUUACAAGAUGUGAGAUUAUUGCAACGACGUAAAAAAAUGUUAGCCAAAUGGCCCAAAUUUGUCCAUUCAGACCUGUGAUCACAAUCUGUUGCCGCGUGGCGCUCAAAGGAGCUACGUCACUACAUCCUGGCGCACGAAAUGCUGGCAAACAAUCUGUUAAAAAAAUUUGGGAGAUUGUUUUAUUUGCAUGACUUAGUUUGGUGUGCCUGUUUGAUCUUUUCAAACUUUCAUUUUUGUAGCAAGAAUGUCCUCCAUUGCUUAACUCGACGCUGGAAACAAAAUUGAACAGUUCAGUUGGUUGUCAGAUACCACUUAUUGAUCCAUUUCAUCCUUCCAUAAUGAACUUACUAAGUGAUGUUCCUAUGCCAAAGUGUUCGCAAUUCAAGUCUUAUGGAAAAUUAGUCGACGGCAAAAUACACUUUGUAGGUAGGCCUAAUCAUAUUAUGUGUCAGAAAUGUUAUUAUCUUGUUUAAACUCGCUCUUCAUUUUCCCAUCACUUCAUUUUCCCAUAACCACAUUGUUUUAUCUAUAGGUCAUGUGAUCAAACAUGGCCAAGAAGCUUUGAUUCAAGUUAUAUAGAACAGGUGGGAAAAUUGUCGUCGCUGACCAAAUUUAUCGCGGCCGCUUUCUUUUUGCGAAGCAAAAAUUGUGAAAACAACAAAAACACAGAUUUCGCUACCCUGUUUCUCGUACUGCAGCAGAGAAAAAGAAAAGAAAGCUAGCCGACGUAAACGUUAAUAAACGUUCAUCAAGAUCACAAUUACUUGUCGCAAUCGAGAAAUUAGCAGUCAAGAAUUCUUCGCUGAAACUUCCGAAAAUUAUGUUUCUUGCAAAAUGUGUGUGUAUUGAUGGAAUAUUACUUGAAAUGUGCAGUACAUGCGUUUGUUGUCCAGGACAAAGUAUAAAUAUUUGGUUUUUGAGUGAUACUGUGCGCCAACUAUCAUCGUUAAAUUUCAGUAUGUGAGGUAUUUUGCUAAAAUUGCUUGUUUUUCACCUUAAUUUUCUCAUAUAUACAGAUUGUGCCAAUGAAAUGUGAUUAGGUCAGAAGAUGUGCUUUUCUUUCUAGUUUUUGCUAAUAGAAUGUAAAGUCGCCUAAAAAAUGAAGAAAGUGCUGAAUUUUGGCAAGUUUCAUGAGCAAGUGUGAUUUAUACGAAAAAGGUGACUCAGAAAAUGAGCAUCAGAUUAAACAUUUUACCAUGUAUUUUGCUAUAAAGGUUUUAAAAUAUUAUUUUUCGGUUUUCAAAGUAUUUAAAAAACAAAUAAACAUAGCAAUCAGAUUUUUCUAUGACCUCAUUUCGAAGCGUAAACUUUGUAUUAUUUUUAAACACAAUUCUUGCUCUUUCAAAAUAUUAUAUAAAACACGAAUUUCGUCAUGUUACAGGUUGUGCCAAUGAAAUAUCGCUGUUUUACAUUAAAUUUCAAAGCAUUUUUAAGUCGGUAUUAAAUUUCUUGGCUUUGUAAAAAAUGAAGAAGUGUUAGUAUUUUUGGUUUGAAUUUCACAUUUUAUUGAAGCCAUCAGACGACAUUUUAAAAGGAAAUUUUUUGCUCCGUUUUGUUUUGCAUUGAAAUAAUCGAUAUAAAUAAUUUACAUUGUAAAAUAUAUGGCAAUAGAGGAAAUCAAAGUAUUACUGCAACCUUUUUUGUUAGUGAGUCCAAUUUUGUGGUGAUUUGUGGCCCUAAACAGCUGCUGCAAAAUUGUCCUUCGAAUUUGAAGGCGAUGCGGUCGGGCCGUCAAUGAUAUAGCAUAGGAAUCCCGAUAAAUAUAGUUGUAACAAAUAAAAAGCGUUAAAUUUGUCUAAUUUUGAAUAAAUUUGCAUUGUAUUACCGUGUUUGACUCUUUUCAAUCUUGCGCUGUGAAUUCAGUGACGCAGGUAAAUCGCGUAUACGACGCAUAAGUUAUAGUUAUUGAGUUAUAUAGUUAUAGUUAUUCUCAAUAACUAUAACUUAUGCGUCGUAUACGCGAUUUACUUACGUCAUUGAAUUCACAGCGCAAGAUUGAAAACAGUCAAAGCACGGUAAUACAAUGCAAAUUUAUUUAAAAUUAGACAAAUUUAACGUUUUUUAUUUGUUACAACUAUAUUUAUUUGGAUUCCUAUGAUGAUUAGCAGUUUACUUAUAGUUCAAUGGAAAAACCCGAGCAGUUUUCGUGCAUGCUCAGUCAAUUUUCCCACCUGUUGUUAUAUAGAGAAUCAAAUAUUCAUCACACUGCAAAAAUUCAUUUGGAAUAUUUUGACUCAAAAACUUGAGUAAAUAAUGCAACCAUAGUGACUCAAAUUUAGUUAUUUUUUUAGUAAAGAUUUACUUCAACUUGCUCAUAAAUGCAAGUAAUUUUACUCAAUAUUUUGAGUCAAGGUAAGUGCAUUACUUUACUCAUGUCUUUGAGUCAAACUACGCAGGUUAUUUUGCAGUGUAUAUAUUCCGGCAUGCAUAUAGUCAGUUACAUUCUGCGGUGAUUUGAAGGUGUCAAUUAGAGCCACGUUUUCAACGAUAAUAUAGAGGUUCAGAUUUGACCACCGCUACCUGUACCAUUAAGGGACCAUCAACCAAUCAGAUGCGUUUGAUAUAUUCGAUCAACUAAUCAGAUGCGUACUAAGCCAGUUAGAGAUAGUCGUUACGGUAGUGGAACUCAAGUCUAAACCUCUAUAUAUUCAUCAACUCGCGUCCUGCAACUUCUUAAAAUUCCUGUUGAUCCCGCCAUUUUUCUAGCCCUUUUCUUCCCGUUUCCCGUUACCCGAAUCAGGAAAGUUAUCUUGCCUUCCUAGCUUUGUACAUAGUUUUAGUUCUACUUCUUACCAUCAAAGUCUCACAAUUCCACCUGAUAAAGAAUUUGUUGCAACUGUUUUCAUGACCUUUAGAUUCGACAGUUAUUUCUGCAAGUUAUCGACGAAUAGUGAGAAAUGGAGAUUUUAAAUAUACCCUAGGAGAAAGUUUACCAAUACCAUUGCUAAACACCACAGAGAAGAUUACGGAUGAGUUUAUUGAAGUAGAGUACCAGCUCAAAGACGGGAAAAAGCCUCAAGAAAAAGAGAUAUUUAUUCAGCCUGUGCCACACCAACACUUAUUAAGUCGAAGUGCCCAAAUUGAACCUGGAAUACCGCUAAAUAUAUUGAUUGUUGGUGUUGAUUCAAUGUCCCAUGGCAAUGCCAUACGAAAGUUACCGCAAGUGUAUAAAUACCUUAAAGACGAGUUAGGUUCAGUGAUAUUUAAUGGACAUUCUGUGGUAGGAGACGGGACCACGGACCAACUGGCCGCGAUUUUAACUGGAACGAGCGAGACAGGACAAUAUGAGGCAAGACGUCAUAUUAAAAAAGCUCGUCCAGUUGAUGGAUGGACAUGGAUAUAUAAACAACUUAAUGGUAACGUAUUAAUGUCAGAAUAUGCUUUUGGUCAUCUCACUUGAUUGAACUAAUGUUAAAGGUUUUUGUGGAUGGAAAUUUCGAGGUCGGCUAUAUUGCGAGUCUGCGAGUUCGGGAGUUUGCGAUCGAAGUUGCCAAGUUCAUUUCUCAUUUAAGGCACAGAGAGUCCAUCCCGGGUCUUAUUGAAGUUAUGCAUUAGAAUUGCGUAUGAAAUAUAUAGCUCAGUGUUGAAGCCUGCAAUUUACGGGCUGCGUGCGGGCUAACGCGCGCGUUGAAUCAAAUUGCAGGCUUCAACACUGAGCUAUAUUUUUCCCAGGUUAGCUAUAUUUUUCCCCAGAGCUAUAUUUUUUAACAAAGGUUUUAUUACCUUUUGAAGGUUUAAUCAAUUUUUUUCAGAAAGAGGCUAUCUAACUGGUUAUUCCGGAGACAACCCAGGUAUUGGUCCAUUCAGUUACAGACUGAUGGGAUUUAAGGAUUCACCUACAGAUUUUUAUCCCAGACCGUUUUAUUCCAUGGCUGAGAAGAUAUUGAAAGACAGUACCAGCAAUAAAUGCGUAGCUUCCAAGACUAUAUCAACAGUUCAGUUUGAUUACAUCCGAGAAGUCUUUGCAAUGUUCAAAAAUAAAUUGAAAUUCUUCUUUUCUUUCAACGGUAAGAGAUCCGUGUUUAUUAUAUUUCCUAACUAGAAAUACCUGCAUGCAACGACCCCUCUCCUAUAUUUUCCAAACAUUGUUUUACCAUGAAAUAUUCUUAAUUACGCCAACAUUGAGUGCAGGCUCACGUUGCUCGCGUUAUGUCAGCCAUUACAAAACGAUAAAAAAUAAAUGAAAUUUGAACAGUUUUAACCACAGCAUUAUGAGGUUUUUUCCGAUACAAUUUUCAAGAAAUAAAUUUAAAUGAUCAUACAGGUUGCUAAUGAAAAUGAUUUGCUUUCCUUUAUUUUGAACUAGUCCACAAAAAAUUAAAACAAGUUAAUUAUAUUUAAGAAACUUUAGCAUACAAUGAAUAGGAAAGCCGUGCAUGUCAUACAAUUUUAUAUGACUAAACAAACUUACCCUAUACUUCGGAUUUCUCAUACUUUAUUUAUUGAGUUUCUCACUCAUUGGUCAGCAGGUUUCCCAACAGGCUAUUGCCCAAUUGAUAGGGUAUUCGAAGUACCUAGGAUUUAACGUCCUUAUCUGAGAAGACGCGAAAGUCUAACCAUUUACUGAUGUCAAUGUAAAGGUAGCAGCAGUUCCUCCUCAAUUAUUUUAAGACUUUGAGUACAGAGGUCCGACCAAGAAAAAAAUUCUAGUCGCCGCCCGAUCACCCUUAUGAUUGGGGUUCAGGGUUGCAUCUUUUUACUGAAGCUGUUCUUGUUUAUUAACUCUUUCUCGACAAGCGGUAUCGCAUUACAGUAUACGAUUCAAUUGUUUCUAAUGUAAAUAUCUUUAAACGAAAUCUUCACAAAAUAACCUUUCGAACGGGGGGCCAAAUGCCUUCAAAACAUUACACAAACCGAAACAAUCAUAUAUUUACUCACCGCUUGGCCAAACAUUCUGUAUUUCAUAUCGAGAAAAGUCGAAUGUCUUCUAAACUUUUCGUUAUUUUCUCAAAGGCUAUAUGAGUAAAAUACUCUUUACGUUCAAGCGCUUUCGCGGAAAGUAUCGUUUGAAUAUGGCGAGUAGAAAUAUUUUAGGAUUGUUUUAGGGUCAGGCGUCAGUCAGGAUUAUCAGUCAAUUCGAUUAUAACUGACCUUAUAGGCAUUUGUACCCCUGGUUCCGGGGCCUGGGGUAGGCAGUCCGUAAUUUGACAAAUGAUUUUGCUUGCUCAUUCCAUAUAGCGAUGUACACCCACAACACUUAUAGUGAAGGAGGAAUGAUUGAACCAGAUCUACUCUCCCUUCUUCAAGAUUUAAAUCAACAUGGCUAUCUCAACAACACCUUACUUAUAGUAUUGGGGGACCACGGAUCACGGUAUGGCAAAGCACGUGCUGUACUACAAGGAAAACUGGAGGAGAGACUUCCACUUUUCUCGAUGAGAUUUCCAACAUGGUUUAGAGAUAAAUUUCCCACUAUUAUGAAAAAUUUAAAAAUCAAUACAAAUCGUCUCACAUCAUGGUAUGAUGUUUAUGCCACAUUUCGUCAUAUGCUAAGUUACCCAAGCCUCCCAUCCGACAUUAAACACGGUCAAAGUUUGUUGACAGAGAUUCCAAUUUCACGUACUUGUGAAGAGGCUAAUGUUGCCGAACAUUGGUGCCCGUGCUUACGGUGGGAACCUGUGGAUCACUCGUAUACUCAUGCGCAGAAAGCAGCACUUGCUGCAGUGGAGUACAUGAAUGGUGCAAACCUUGAACACCAAGAAAGUGCAGAGAUGUGUCGAAAUUUGUCGUUGAAGAGCGUAAAUUAUGCUCUAUUAGAACGACCAAAUGAUAAACUUCUGUCAUUUGCUAACACAAACGAUUUACGUCCUGUGUUUAACCAGAGAUUAAACCCUGCGCACCAACACAUUUGCCGUUAUCAAGUUCAAUUCACAACCUCACCAAAUAACGGCACGUACGAAGCCACAGUGAGAUACCACAAGAGUUGGUUUAUUGUUAGCAAAGGUAUUAGUAGGAUAAACAAAUAUGGAAAUCAACCAGAAUGCAUUGCGAGACAACUGCCGCAUUUAAGGAAAUUUUGCAUGUGCAAAGAAAUUUCAUCGAAACCACUUUAUUAUAUGUUUUUCAAAUGUACAUAGUAGAAAUAUUUUAUUGGAAAGAAAUACUUUGUUAAAAUGUUCAUAAGUACUUUUAUAAAUGUGAAAGAUUCGCGUAGAAUUAGUACCGAAAAAACUUAAUAUAGA